GAAUGAAAAAUGGUGUAUAAUUUGUCCUUGUCAGCAACUAGGGUAGGGUUCUUACUAAUGGCCAUUCCCUCCGCCAAACCCAAAGAGUAGAAGAAACCUACAAAAGGAAUCCUCUAUAAACAACUCCGUUUGUCACUCGUGUCUUGCGAGCGGGAAACGGCGGCUUUAGCAAUCACUCCCUCGUCGUUUUCCCCCGUUUUCUCUCCCUUUUCCCCGUUUUGCGUUUUGGAUUCAUUUCUCUCUAUCUUCUGCUGCUUUAUCUUAAAUAACCGCUCUCUCUCUCUCUCUCUCUCUCUGAGACUGAGAAUCCGAUCCUUCGUUUCUGAAAUUUUCCCGAGAUGGACGAGAACGUGCUCGACGAUAUUAUCCGGAGGCUCCUCGCGGCGAAGAACGGUAGAACGACGAAGCAGGUGCUGCUUACCGAGGCGGAAAUUCGUCAACUCUGUGUUUCCUCCAAAGAGAUCUUUCUCAGCCAACCUAAUCUUCUCGAACUCGAGGCUCCUAUUAAGAUUUGUGGAGAUGUUCAUGGCCAAUACUCAGAUCUUUUAAGGCUGUUCGAAUAUGGGGGAUACCCGCCUGAAGCAAAUUAUUUAUUUCUCGGAGAUUAUGUUGAUCGUGGUAAGCAGAGCAUAGAGACAAUAUGCUUACUCCUCGCAUACAAGAUCAAAUACAAGGAGAAUUUCUUUCUUCUCAGGGGCAACCAUGAGUGUGCAUCCAUCAAUCGUAUAUAUGGUUUCUAUGAUGAGUGUAAGAGGAGGUUUAAUAUUCGCCUCUGGAAGACAUUUACUGAUUGUUUUAAUUGCCUACCUGUUGCUGCUCUGGUAGAUGAGAAGAUCCUUUGCAUGCAUGGCGGACUAUCGCCUGAUCUUAAGCACUUGGAUCAGAUUCGGAGUAUUGCUCGUCCUAUUGAUGUGCCAGAUCAUGGCCUUCUCUGUGACCUUCUAUGGGCUGAUCCCGAUAAAGAUCUAGAUGGGUGGGGAGAAAAUGACCGAGGUGUGUCAUUUACAUUUGGGGCUGAUAAGGUUGCUGAGUUUCUUGAACAUCAUGAUCUCGAUCUGAUUUGCCGAGCUCACCAGGUUGUAGAGGAUGGAUACGAGUUUUUUGCCAAGCGUCAGCUAGUGACUAUAUUCUCCGCACCAAACUACUGUGGUGAAUUUGAUAAUGCUGGUGCUAUGAUGAGUGUGGAUGACACCUUGACAUGCUCUUUCCAAAUACUUAAAUCUUCUGAAAAGAAAGGGAAAUGUGGAUUUGGCAACAACACAUCAAGACCAGGAACUCCACCACAUAAGGGUGGGAAGAAUUAACAUUCCCGAGCUAUACAAGGUCAGUGAGCUGAAUGGAGGCAUUCAUUAUUUGUAUUAGGUCAAAGGCUUAUCGUUCUGCUGCCUGGCAUUCACAACAUAUAAAGCAUGACGCCUUCCCUCCUUGGCAACGAAACUAAAGACUGGCAAGGAACAAGGCACUUCGUUGUGCGACUUCGAUUGACCCUUUCCCUUUCUUUCUCCCUUUCUCCUUUCUGAUAGUUUUUUUUUUUUUUUUUUUAAUGUACAAUGCAAAUUCAAACUUCCAUAUGGAGGAAUCCUGAAUAUCUUAUUUUGUCGCCAGAAUUUUAAUUUAGAUUAAAUUCAAAAUUUCGACCCUUUCGUUUUUC